AUGAGGCCAAUUCCUCUGGUUAUCACGAAUUUGACCCUACUGAAGACAAUUAUAUUUUCUUCCAACAAUUUGUCAGGCACCAUACCUGAGAUUGGUAACCUAAAGAGGUUACAAGUUUUAUUAUUGGAUAGUAACAGAAUCACUGGCUUCAUUCCAUCAUCAAUUUUUAAUAUCUCAACCUUGCAAGCCAUUCAUCUAGCUUUUAAUGACCUCUCUGGGAGGCUUCCAGCGAGCACAGGCCUCUGGCUUCCAAGUCUUGAAUACCUUGCCCUCGCAAGAAACAAACUCACUGGACCAAUCCCCACAUCUAUCUCCAACGCUUCUCAGCUAACUGUGUUGACUUUGGCCGCCAAUGCAUUCUCUGGUUUUAUUCCCGAUUCACUUGGUAAUUUAGGAAAUUUGAAAUGGCUCAAUUUGGCAAACAAUCUUUUAACAACUGAAUCUUCAUCUACCGAAAUGAGCUUCCUAUCAUCUUUGACAAACUGCAAACAUCUGUUCCGCUUGAUAGUCUGUCCUAAUUCACUAAGUGGAACUCUUCCAAUUUCUAUAGGAAAUCUAUCUGCUUCUAUGCGAUAUUUCUAUGCACAUGGAUGCAACAUUAAGGGUAGCAUUCCUAGUGAAAUCGGCAAAUUAACCAACUUGGCAUGGUUGGAUCUUGCAGAAAAUGAAUUGACAGGAACUAUUCCUACCUCUAUUAGAACGUUACCGGAGAUCCAGCUUUUGAAUUUGUCCAAUAAUAAACUACAAGGAGCCAUCCCUAUAGAGUUGUGUGGUUUGGAGAAAGUCUUUGAAUUAUCUUUGGGGUUUAAUCAGCUCUCUGGACCAAUCCCCCAAUGCUUAGGUAAUCUUAAAUCUCUAAGGAAACUUAGCCUAAGUUUCAAUAGCCUAACAGGGACGAUACCCUCAACCCUUUGGAGGUUACGAGAUAUCUUGUUCCUAAACUUGUCUGGGAAUUCUCUCAAUGGGACCCUAUCACCAGAUAUUCAAAACUUGAAGGUUGUGGUACAAGUAGAUUUAUCCAACAACUACUUGUCAGGAGAUAUGCCAAACAGUUUUGCUCCUCUCACUGCUUUAGAACAUCUUUCUUUAUCAAAUAAUAGAUUGCAGGGUCAUAUUCCCCAAUCAUUUGGUAACUUGAUUAGCUUAGAAUUCUUGGAUCUGUCCAAUAACAGUCUCUCUGGAGAAAUUCCCAAGUCCUUGGAGAAACUCUUGUAUCUCAAGUAUUUGAACAUGUCUUUCAAUAGACUCGAGGGAGUAAUUCCUAAUGGAGGGCCAUUUCCCAACUCUUCGAUUCAAUCAUUUAUUGGGAACAAAGCAAUAUGUGGUGCGCCCCGGCUGCAACUCCCACCAUGCAAACCUAGUUCCACUAAGAGAUCAAGGAAAGUUGUUCUAGUAUAUAUCCUAACAAUUACCGCUUCGACACUCCUUGUUCUAGUCAUCCUACUUUUGUUCUCCAGAUACCGAAAGAACAAAAGGAAACCGCCAGUAGCUGAUGAAGGUGUAUUGGCUCUAACAACAUGGAGAAGAACUUUCUAUCAUGAACUUGUGCUGGCAACAGAUGGUUUUGGUGAAAGCAACCUAAUAGGCAGAGGAAGUUAUGGUUCAGUUUACAAGGGAAUACUAGCAAAUGGGAUCAAUGUAGCAGUAAAGGUCUUCAACUCGGAACUUGAAGGAGCAUAUCCAAGUUUUGAAUCUGAAUGUGAGGUAAUCAGCAAUAUACGCCAUCGAAACUUGGUGAAAGUCAUCAGUUGCUGUUCAAAUCCUCUUCAUGAUUUCAAGGCCAUCUUACUAGACUACAUGCCCAACGGAAGCUUGGAGAAAUGGCUGCAUUCUGACACUCAUCAUUUGGACAUUUUGAAGAGAUUGGAGAUUGUGAUAGAUGUUGCUUCAGCACUAGAGUAUCUUCACUAUGGAUAUUCAACCACAAUUGUGCACUGUGAUAUAAAACCAAGCAAUGUGCUGCUGGAUGAAAAUAUGGUUGGGCAUUUGAGUGAUUUUGGCAUUGCCAAGCUCUUAGGGGAAGGACAAUCUAUGACACUGACCCAAACCCUCGCGACAAUUGGGUAUAUGGCACCAGAGUAUGGGAGUGGAGGACAUAUAUCCGGAAAAGGUGAUGUUUACAGCUACGGAAUCCUGCUGAUGGAAACAAUUACAAGCAAGAAGCCAACAGAUGAAAUGUUUUCAGGGGACAUGAGCUUGAAGCAAUUAGUUGGUGAUUCACUAUUAAAUGGCUCAGUCACUGAAAUUGUGGACUCCGAUUUACUACAUCAAAACGAUCUGCAUUUUGCUGCGAAGAAGCAAUGUGCGGCAUCAAUCCUGAGUUUGGCUAUUAAUUGCACUACUAAUUUACCUGUUGAGAGGAUCAAUAUGGAAGAGGUAGGAAGCAGACUUGAGAAAAUAAAAUCUGCGCUUCUUGCUAGUAUUGAAAGACGAUCAAGGUAUCUACCAAGGGUAGGAGUCAAUCAAGUUCAUGCUUUGAAAGUAUUAGUAGAAUAACCUUCUAUGCAGAAGCUUGUGAAAUUUUCCACCAAUCAAGCUGUUUUCUUUUACCUAAAAUGGAAAAAGCAAAGCUCUCUUUUGCUCUGCUAUGGUUGUUAACAUUUAUGCAAGAAUGUAUCCAUGAAUUUGGAAGAAUAAAAUUAUAUGACUUACAGUGGCACCUCUUUCCUUGACCAAGGAUCCAGGUCGGACCAUCGCUGAAUCUUCUCGACAUUCAGCAUCAGAUGAACUUUCACUGGUGAUACAUCAAAAU